CAUAAACACAUCCAAAAUGCUAAGAAAAAGCGAAAGGCAGAAGGAGUCCUUACCAAGGACUUCAUGGUCCAGGGCACCCUGGAUUUUCACAAGAAUGCGGCAUCACUGUCAUUGCGAGAGAAUGUCACAAGAGCAGAAACACAUUUUGCUCUCUCCAUGGUUGCAAAUUCUCUUCCACACACUUGAGCGGAUGUGGCAACCUUAACGUACCCUUACAUGUUCCCUGAUUCGCAAAUCGCAAAAGGCUUCCAAUGUGGUCGCAAGAAGGUUUCAUGCAUCAUUUCUGAUGGCCUUGGACCGUACUUCAAGGAAAAGGUGGUUCAAGAGCUUGUUCAACCAGAGGUGUUCUAUAGCAUCAUGAUCGACGAGACCCCAGUGCCUGAGGCCAAGGUGCAGCAGUUGGAUGUACUUGCUCGCUACUACUCUGUCAACACGCAGAAUGUAGUUGUGGAGCACCUACAGUCACUUCAUUUGGGACAUGCUACUGCAGAUGAACUGUUUUGCUGUGUUGAAGAUACUCUUAAUGAGCUUCCAAAGCAGAACAUGGUAUGUUUCUUCAGUGACAGCCCCUACGUGAUGAAGAGCUUAAAACGCAAACUGAAAGCGGAGCUCAGCCUUGACAUAAUUGACACUGGAGAAUGUAGUCUUCAUAAGGUCCAUAAUGCUUUCUCUGCUGGCUUAAAUUCUUUCUGUAGCGAGUUGGAAUCGAUUGUAACUGAUGUCCACUACUACUUCAAGUAUGCAACAAGGCAUGCAGACAUGAAGGAACUGCAGUGUAAACUCGGAUUGCCACAGCUUGAGUUCUUGCGUCAUGUGAAUACCAGGUGGCUGACGCUAUUUCCCAGCAUUGAGCGUGUGCUUAAAUUAUAUGACCGCCUGAAGACCUUUUUUUCGAAGUCGGGGGUGCCGAGAACACCAUCAUCGGCAAGGCACAGUCGUCUGGCAUCUGCGUUCACCGACAGCACACUGCGAGCAAAGUUGGUCUUUGUACAAAAUGCCGCACAGAUCUUCGAGAAGUUCCAUAUGCUUUUCCAAAGCAAGGAGCCUCUCCUGCUUAUCUUUUAAGAUGAGACGGUGGCAUUCAUCAAGCAGGAGCCUGGAAGUUUUCUUCGCCAGGAGUCCCAGGAGUCAUUUGUUGACUUGACUGGCUUGCAGUUGACAGACCUUGAUGUGGAAUCGUCUGUCCAUUGGAAGGCAAAGCCGGAGGUUGGUGUGGACACCGAAAUAGAAAUGGAGGUCUGGACGCCAACUCAAAAGAAUGCAUUUUACACCAGGGCAAGGGCUUUCUACAUAGCAUGUACCAAGUUCCUAAUAUCUAGGUUGCCGCUGCACAACAAGGUGUUGUUUUAUUUAAGGUUUUUAAAGCCUAAUGCAGAAGGAGAGUUUGCCACAAGGUCGCUGCGAUAUAUCGCGAAUGCUCUGCCACAAGUUU